UCCUCUCCUCUCCUCACUACACCAGGCCGGGAAGAUGUUGCGAGGCCGCCGCUCUGCUCUUCUGCUCUGGGUGCUGCUGGUUGGUGUGUCCGGGGAGCCGGCAGAGGAGGAAGACCCGCACAGCAAGCACCUCUAUUCGGCUGAAAUGUUCAGCCAUGCCGUCAAGGAGGCCCCGCACUUUAUAAUGUUCUUCGCUCCAUGGUGUGGACAUUGUCAACGUCUUCAGCAAACAUGGAAUGAUUUGGGUGAUAAAUAUAAUAAUAUGGAAAAGACUCCAGUUUAUGUUGCCAAGGUGGAUUGUACUGUGGACAGCGCUAUAUGUUCUGAUAAUGGUGUUCGAGGAUACCCAACUCUGAAGCUGUUUAAAGCGGGCCAAGAAGCUGUGAAGUAUCAGGGAGCGAGGGACUUCCAGACGCUGGAAAACUGGAUGCUUCAGACUCUAAACGAGCAACCAGAAGAACCAAAAGUUGAGCAGGAAGUCCCUAAAGCACCAGAGGGCAAACAGGGCCUUUUUGAGCUCUCCUCAGGAAAUUUCAAGGAUCACAUUGCUGAAGGAAACCACUUCAUCAAAUUUUUUGCCCCUUGGUGUGGCCAUUGCAAAUCAUUGGCUCCGGCAUGGGAGCAGCUGGCUUCCUCCCAUCAGAAAUCUUCAACAGUCACAAUUGCAAAGGUUGACUGUACUCAGCAUAAUGACCUCUGCUCCGACAAUCAAGUGCGUGGCUAUCCCACACUGCUCUGGUUUAGAAAUGGUGAAAAAGUGGAUCAGUACAAGGGCAAGCGGGAUUUGGAUUCCUUGAAAGAGUAUGUGGAAAGCCAGUUGAAAACAACAGAUAAGGAAGCUGAUGUCCCAGCACAAGCGGACGAACCAGCGCAAGCAGAUGAACCAGCAGCAGUGGAAUCCAAGGUACUGACUCUUACGGAAAAUAACUUUGAUCAAACUGUUGCCAAAGGUAUCAGCUUUAUAAAGUUCUAUGCACCAUGGUGUGGACACUGUAAGCAUCUAGCUCCUACAUGGGAGGACCUUUCCAAUAAAGACUUUCCUGGUAUGAGCGAUGUUAAAAUAGCUAAAGUGGACUGCACUACUGAGCGAUCCCUCUGUAAUAGGUUCUCGGUUCGGGGCUAUCCAACAUUGCUGCUGUUCCGUGCUGGAGAAAACGUGAGCGAGCACGAAGGAGCUAGAGACCUGGAGACGCUACAGAACUUUGUGUUGCGGCACUCCAGGGAUGAACUGUAAACCAUCCUGAACCCUAUGGGUUUGAACUGUGUGUACAGGCCAAACAGUUACUGAGUCAUUUACAUGCAGUACUGCAGAGCAUACUUAAAUAAUGGUUUGUCUUCUGGGUGUUCUGUAAGAUGCACACAACCCUGGAGAUAAAAACAGGGAUCUACAAUUUUUAUCUUUCAGAAUGACC